CGGAUGCCGUACUAAACGCGGAAAGGGUGUGGCUUUGAAUUAUGUUAGCAAAGUUCGUUAGCUAAGCACAACGACUUGUAAACAUAAUCACAAAAACAUGUUCCCCCAAGAAAAAAUAGCUUCUGUAUCAAAGUAGAGGAUAGUGGCGGGGAUGUGGCUACGUUAUGGGAAACGUUUUCGGGAGAAAGAGUCGCCCUUCUCGAGUUACAGAACAAGACCGAGCGAUUCUGCAACUGAAACAGCAGAGAGAUAAACUGAAGCACUACCAGAAGCGAGUCACCCUGCAGCUGGAGAAGGAGAGGAAUCUUGCCAAGCAGCUGCUGAAGGAUGGAAAGAAAGAAAAGGCAUUGGUUCUUCUCAAGAAGAAGCGUUAUCAGGAUCAGCUGCUAGACAAGACUGAGAACCAGAUAUCAAACCUGGAACGCAUGGUUCAAGACAUUGAGUUUGUCCAGAUCGAGAUGAAAGUCAUUGAGGGGCUGAAGGUUGGAAAUGACUGUCUGAAGAGUAUGCAUGAGGCCAUGUCACUAGAGGAUGUGGAGAGAAUCAUGGAUGAGACCCAGGAUGCUGUAGAGUACCAGAGGCAAAUAGAUGAGAUGCUGUCAGGCUCCCUGACUCAGGAGGAUGAGGAUGCUGUGUUAUCUGAACUGGAGGCUAUCACUCAGGGAGAAGAUGUAGAACUUCCAGAGGUCCCCACUGAGCUUCUACCAGAGGUCCCAGAACCAGCUGAGACAGAGCCAGCGAGAAGACUAGCAAAGAAUAAGGAGAACAGAGAGAUGCUGGCAGCGUAGACAAGACUCAACAAGAACAAUAACAACAGUAGCUGUGGAUGGAGCUAGUCCAACUGACUCAACAACAACAAUAACAACAGUAGCUGUGAAUGGAGCUAGUCCAACUGACUCAACAAUAACAAUAACAACAGUAGCUGUGAAUGGAGCUAGUCCAACUGACUCAACAAUAACAACAGUAGCGCUGAAUGGAGCUAGUCCAACUGACUCAACAAUAACAACAGUAGCUGUGGAUGGAGCUAGUCCAACUGACUCAACAACAACAAUAACAACAGUAGCUGUGAAUGGAGCUAGUACAACUGACUCAACAACAACAACAAUAACAACAGUAGCUGUGGAUGGAGGUAGUCCAACUGACUCAACAAUAACAAUAACAACAGUAGCUGUGAAUGGAGCUAGUCCAACUGACUCAACAAUAACAACAGUAGCUGUGGAUGGAGCUAGUCCAACUGACUCAACAACAACAAUAACAACAGUAGCUGUGAAUGGAGCUAAUACAACUGACUCAACAAUAACAACAGUAGCUGUGGAUGGAGGUAGUCCAACUGACUCAACAAUAACAACAGUAGCUGUGAAUGGAGCUAGUACCAUUGACUCAACAACAACAAUAACAACAGUAGCUGUGGAUUGAGCUAGUCCAACUGACUCAACAACAACAAUAACAACAGUAGCUGUGGAUGGAGCUAGUCCAACUGACUCAACAAUAACAACAGUAGCUGUGGAUGGAGCUAGUCCAACUGACUCAACAAUAACAACAGUAGCUGUGGAUGGAGCUAGUCCAACUGACUCAACAAUAACAACAGUAACUGUGGAUUGAGCUAGUCCAACUGACUCAACAACAACAAUAACAACAGUAGCUGUGAAUGGAGCUAGUACAACUGACUCAACAACAACAAUAACAACAGUAGCUGUGGAUGGAGGUAGUCCAACUGACUCAACAACAACAAUAACAACAGUAGCUGUGAAUGGAGCUAGUCCAACUGACUCAACAAUAACAACAGUAUCUGUGAAUGGAGCUAGUACAACUGACUCAACAAUAACAACAGUAGCUGUGGAUGGAGCUAGUCCAACUGACUCAACAACAACAAUAACAACAGUAGCUGUGAAUGGAGCUAGUACAACUGACUCAACAACAACAAUAACAACAGUAGCUGUGGAUUGAGCUAGUCCAACUGACUCAACAACAACAAUAACAACAGUAGCUGUGGAUGGAGCUAGUCCAACUGACUCAACAAUAACAACAGUAGCUGUGGAUGGAGCUAGUCCAACUGACUCAACAAUAACAACAGCAGCUGUGGAUGGAGCUAGUCCAACUGACUCAACAACAACAAUAACAGCAGUAGCUGUGGAUGGAGCUAGUCCAACUGACUCAACAAUAACAACAGUAGCUGUGGAUGGAGCUAGUCCAACUGACUCAACAACAACAAUAACAACUGUAGCUGGGAUGGAGCUAGUCCAACUGACUCAACAACAAUAACAACAGUAGCUGUGGAUGGAGCUAGUCCAACUGACUCAACAAUAACAACAGUAGCUGUGAAUGGAGCUAGUCCAACUGACUCAACAAUAACAACAGUAGCUGUGAAUGGAGCUAGUCCAACUGACUCAACAACAACAAUAACAGCAGUAGCUGUGGAUGGAUUUAGUCAUGCUGGUCUCUUACUGCAUGGAGAAGCAGCAUCCAUACAUACAAACAGACAGUCUGCUGGCCUGUCCAUUCCCUGAUUGCUCUCUCUCAUAGAAUGGAGUGCAGGUACACCAGAAGUACACAUUCCUCUUCGUAAAAACGUUAUUGUCCCAAUGUUGGACAAUAUGAUAUGUAGCUGGUUUAAAAACAAUACACAACAACAUAUGUGUACACACAGACACACACAACACACCCCAAGGCAUCCUAGGAGAACAGUUGUGCUGAAGUCUCCUACUGUACACACCUCCCCUGUUCAAUCUCUUUUUAAUAAUGAAUGAAACACUAAAGGGAAAAUGAUUGCUGUCUCUCAGUAUAUGGUUUGGAUUGAUUGGUAGCAUGUUGUCACUGUACAAAUUCCUUUAUAAUUCACAUGACAGAAAAAUGAAGUUAGAGGUAACUGAAGAUAAAUGUAAUUUGAAAACCGUUUUACGUAAUUAAAAGGCAGAGCUGUGGCUUACAGACAACA